CACCCACCAUGCGGGGCGAGCUGUGGCUCCUGGUGCUGGUGCUCAGGGAGGCUGCCCGGGCGCUGAGCCCCCAGCCUGGCGCAGGUCACGAUGCAGGCCAAGGCUCCAGUUGGGCUGCCAAAGGGACCUCACAGGGCUGGAACCGGAGAGCCCGAGAGAGCCUUGGGCAGGUGUCAGAGCCCGACAGGACCCAGCUGAGCCAGGACCUGGGUGGGGGUACCCUGGCCAUUGACACGCUGACAGAUAACAGGACCAGAGUGGUGGAGGAUAAUCACAGCUACUAUGUGUCCCGUCUUUAUGGUCCCAGCGAGCCCCGCAGCCGGCAACUGUGGGUGGACGUGGCCAAGGCCAACGAGAGCCAAGUGAAGGUCCACAGAAUCCUCUCCAACACCCACCGGCAGGCUUCGAGAGUGGUCUUGUCCUUUGAUUUCCCUUUCUAUGGGCAUCCUCUACGGCAGAUCACCAUAGCAACUGGAGGCUUCAUCUUCACGGGUGACAUGAUCCAUCGGAUGCUCACAGCUACUCAGUACGUGGCCCCCCUGAUGGCCAACUUCAACCCUGGCUACUCCGACAAUUCCACAGUUGCUUACUUUGACAAUGGGACAGUCUUUGUUGUUCAGUGGGACCAUGUCUACCUCCAAGGCCGGGAGGACAGGGGCAGCUUCACCUUCCAGGCAGCUCUGUAUCGUGACGGCCGCAUUGUCUUCAGCUACAAAGAGAUCCCUAUGUCGGUCCUGGAAAUCAGCUCCUCCCAGCACCCCGUCAAAGCAGGUCUGUCAGACGCCUUCAUGAUUCUCAAUCCAUCCCCAGAUGUGCCAGAAUCUCGGCGAAGGACUAUCUUCGAAUACCACCGCGUGGAGCUGGACCCCAGCAAGGUCACCAGCAAGUCAGCUGUGGAGUUUACCCCAUUGCCAACCUGCCUGCAGCAUCGGAGCUGCGACGCUUGCAUGUCCUCGGACCUGACCUUCAACUGCAGCUGGUGCCAUGUCCUCCAGAGAUGUUCCAGUGGCUUUGACCGCUACCGCCAGGAGUGGCUGGCCUAUGGCUGUGCCCAGGAGGCUGAGGGCAGGACAUGUGAGGACUUCCAGGACGAGGACCACUACUCUGCCUCCCCCGAUAGCUCCUUCAGCCCCUUUGACCGAGACCUGUCCGCCACCUCCUCCUCCUUCUCCAUUGACAGCCUCACCACGGAAGAUGACACCAAGUUGAAUCCCUAUGCAGGAGAAGACGGCCUGCAGAACAACCUGUCCCCCAAGACGAAGGGCCCCCCCGUGCACCUGGGCACCGUCGUGGGCAUCGUGCUGGCCGUCGUGCUUGUGGCGGCCAUCAUCCUGGCUGGGAUUUACAUCAACAGCCACCCCACUUCCAAUGCUGCCCUCUUCUUCAUAGAGCGGAGACCUCACCACUGGCCCGCCAUGAAGUUCCGCAGCCACCCCACCCACUCCACCUACACCGAGGUUGAGCCCUCAGGCCAUGAGAAGGAGGGCUUCGUGGAGGCAGAGCAGUGCUGAAGUCUCCCCUUCAAAGGGUAGGAAACAAGACCCGGGGACUGCAAAAAAGACGAGUCAAAGCAAAGAGGAGAAGUGACUUUUCCUGGCCUUGUCUGAGCAUGCCCUGGGCCAGGAAGAUGAGGCAGUGGUUUACGGUACCAGAGCUACAGCUGGUCAUCAACCCCAGAUAGUGAAGAGGGGCAGACGAGCCACCACAUGGACUUUUUGAAGGAACAAUAACCUAGUCUCUUUCUGUUUUGAUGCACGGGGUCUUCCCUUCUGGGUCUCUCAAUGGUCUGCUCUGUAGAAGUCCCAGAGUCCCCUCACCCACCCCCAGGGAUGGCCAGAUGCUCUGCUCCUGGUCACCUAAAGCCCCUGCAUAUGAUGCAAACUUACUAAAGUCUAGAUUGGGGCUGCUGCACUCCAGGGUCCAUAGGCUCAAGAGCUGGUCCUCAUGGCUAUGGAACUGGU